AUUUGUUGAAAGCAACCACAGGCGUGUGUCUGGGAUUACCGAAGCUUCUCUCUCGCGACACGCUCUCUUCAGCAAACAAACCUUUCGACCGAGGGAGGGAACAUUCCUCUUGCUAAAUGGCUCAUCAGUAGUGUGUCGCGGUUUUGCGUAGAGUCGUGUAAGAAGCGCGACAGUUAGCAGCCGAAGCUAACCCGGUUAGCCUGGAACCAUUAGCAUUAGCGUCCUGACUCCAAGAUGCGACUGAAAGUUGGAUUUAUUUUACGCAGUUUGCUCUUUAUUGGUGUAUUUUUUGGGGUGGUGGUCAUCUGGUCUUCCCUGUCUUCAAAACCCAGCGACGAUAACCUGAUUGAAAAGCGGGAUGAUCUCUUUCCACCGAAGGUUGACAAAAUAGCAGAGCAGUUCAAGCCUGUGGUUCCGUGGCCUCGUGUGGAGGGAGUGGAGGUGGACCUUGGAUCCAUCAGGCUCAAAAAUGGUAAAAACGCCGCCUUGGAUUUUAAGAAGCAGCCGGAUCAGAAGCAGGUGAUCCAGCAGCAGUUUGUGACCUUCAAACCGCAGACCCACAUCUACAAUGCCCCGGUUCUGAAGAAAGGCACCCUGGGAAACUUUGAGCCCACAGAGCCCGAGCCCCCCGGGGUUCCCAACGGUCCAGGAGAGGGAGCCAAGCCUUUUGUUCUGGGUCCAGAAUACAAAGACGCCAUCCAGGCCUCUAUCAAAGAGUUUGGCUUCAACAUGGUGGCGAGUGACAUGAUCUCACUGGACAGAACCAUCAGCGACAUCAGACACGAGGAGUGCAAGUACUGGCAUUACGACGACCGACUGCUGACCUCCAGCGUGAUCAUCGUCUUCCACAACGAGGGCUGGUCCACCCUGAUGCGGACGGUCCACAGCGUCAUCAAGAGAACGCCCAGAAGAUACCUGGCAGAGAUCGUCAUGAUCGACGACUUCAGCAAUAAAGCUCAUCUGAAGGAACGUCUGGAGGACUACAUCAAGCAGUGGAACGGCCUCGUCAAACUCUUCCGAAACGAGAAGCGGGAAGGUCUGAUCCAGGCGAGGAGCAUCGGAGCCAAGAAGGCCACAAAAGGACAGGUGCUGAUCUACCUGGACGCUCACUGUGAGGUCGGAGUCAACUGGUACGCCCCGCUGGUCGCCCCCAUCUCUGAGGACAGGACGGUUUGCACGGUGCCCCUCAUAGACUAUAUAGAUGGUAAUGAGUACAGUAUGGAGGCUCAGCAGGGCGGCGACGAGGACGGCCUGGCUCGGGGUGCGUGGGACUGGAGCCUGCUCUGGAAGAGGGUCCCCCUCAGCCAGAGAGAGAAGGCCAAGAGAAAACACACCACGCAGCCUUACCGGUCUCCAGCCAUGGCGGGUGGACUCUUCGCCAUAGAGAGGGCGUUCUUCUUUGAGCUGGGGCUGUAUGACCCGGGCCUGCAGAUAUGGGGAGGAGAAAAUUUUGAAAUAUCAUACAAGAUUUGGCAGUGUGGCGGGAAGCUGCUCUUCGUGCCUUGCUCUCGUGUGGGUCACAUCUACAGGCUGCAGGGCUGGCAGGGAAACCCUCCCCCCGCACACGUUGGCUCCUCACCCACACUCAAGAAUUACGUCCGUGUGGUGGAGGUCUGGUGGGAUGAAUACAAGGACUACUUCUACGCCAGUCGACCCGAAACUCUCACACUGGCCUACGGUGACAUCAGUGACCUCAAACACUUUAGGGAGGAACAUCGAUGCAAGAGCUUCAAGUGGUUCAUGGAGGAAAUAGCUUACGACAUUCCAUUGCACUACCCUCUGCCUCCCAAAAAUGUGGAGUGGGGAGAGAUUCGAGGGUUGGAGACCAGCUACUGCAUUGACAGUAUGGGUCACAACAACGGAGGCAACGUGGAGAUCGGGCCGUGCCACAGGAUGGGCGGCAACCAGUUGUUCCGCAUCAACGAGGCCAACCAGCUGAUGCAGUACGACCAGUGUCUGACCAGAGGAGGGGACAACUCGGCCGUCAUCAUCACACACUGUGAGCAGAAGCAGCACACGGAAUGGAAGUACUUCAAGGAUCUGCACCGCUUUAUUCACGUGCCCACGGGUAAAUGUCUGGAUCGCUCCGACCUGCUUCACAAAGUCUUCAUCGCGGACUGCGACAACAGCAAGACCACUCAGAAGUGGGAGAUGAACAACAUCAUGGCUGUGUAACUAGGAAGCAGCUGGACAUUUACGCUCCAAUUUUAAAGAGACCCCGGCCAAACUGGGCUCCCGUCCGGUCCGCACUCGCCGUCAUAUCAAGACUGUUUUUAUAGCCGAGCCCGCUCGCAGGAGAGCUGGUGCAUUUCUGACUUGAGGCCAGACUCACUCUCUGUCCUCCAUCAUGUUGAUGCCAUCUUCGCCGCCAUCACACGUCUCAUCAUCCACCAGAGGGCGAGCUGUUUGAGUCAAGAUUAUCUGGGACUGAGGCUAAAGUGUGUAAUCAUGCACUGAAGAGGUGAUUCUUGGAGGGUUUGCUGAUCAAAUCUAAUUUAUUUUAUAGAAAACUGGCUGAUUUAUAUCAGCUCUUCACACUCCAGCAGCUGUUGCCAGUCAGCCCUCAUGGGCUCGUGUGGAACAGAGUAGAAUCAACCCCUAAUUUUCCUGGGGUCAUUGUUAAACUGUGCCAUGACCAUAUCUGUCGUCAGUCUGUCCCUGGAUAUUUAUUUCAAUGAAGAACUGGCCGACCCACUGACUGUGACCUGUCUGAGCCAAUCGUGAUGAGAUUUGGGUGAAGUUUUGAAAGAGGUUUUUAUUUUCUAUUUGCAGGGCAAAUGGUGGCUGGGGGGGGGGACAUUGAACCUGUAUGCAACAUUUUGUACUGUGUACAUAGAUUUAUUACUAAAGUGAGGGGUCUUUGAAUGAAGUGUACAUAUUUAAUGUGGAAAAAAAUUAUAU